AUGAUACCACCAUGCGUUGCGAUCGAUUUUGGGACUUUUUCGACAAAAAUAGCGAUAAUGGAUGAAUCAGUCCCGAUUUUACAACAACACCCUGUCGGUUUGUUGAUUUAUAGCUCAAAAAACUGAAGAAAUGAAAUUAUAUGAAUGUUUUUUAUAACAACUAUGUGUAAUUCAGAUGGACUAUAUACAAUAUCCCUCGUUGCGUUCGAAGAAUAUAGCUUAAGGGUUGGAUUGCAAGCAAAGAACAGUCAGGCAGAUGUUAUAAAAGGUAGUUUUCGUAUUCAGAAAUGUCAAAAAACAAAUCUCUUGAUGAAAAAAAAAAUGGGUCGCGGAAUAACUACCGACCUAUCAGCGCUCCAAGGCCUCUCCUUAAGGAGAAAUUAAAUUUUUUUCAAGUUUCUCGGACCUCGGCAGGUGCGUAAGGCCGGGUUAAGCUUCAAAUAAAAGUUUUUUAAUUUCAUUGAAUUUUUUUUUCACUGUUAAUUUCAUUCUACAUGUUGAUUUUUUUCAUCUCGGUUGAUAUUUAAAUGAAAAAAAUCUUUGUCCUUUUAAGGAAAAAAAGAUUUUUUUUAAAAUAGUUAUGCGCAGACUUGUUCUACGCCAUUUAGGUUUAGGCUGGGUUGGAAAAAAAGGGCGUUUCGUUACUUUUUCUCUUAAUCGAAUAUGUUGUAAAACACAAUUUUUAGGAUUUUUUAAACACAAAACCGAAUAUCCUCAUUCGGCUAGUUUUCGAGAUACGGUGGCUCAAAGGAUUACGGUAAAAAUCUUCGAAAAUCUAUAUCUCGUCAAAAAAUCAACGAGUCAAAGUUCAUCAGAAGGUGCAAAAGAAUUUCAUUCAAAUUUUAAAAAUAACACCUCCUUUUUUGCUCACUAUUGCUCAUAUUAGAGAAUUUUUUUCAAAAAAAUCGAAACCAGUAUGUGACGUUGCGGUCGGGCGUUUUGUCUCGCUCCUAUCAAAACCACAAAAAAGUACUCUAUCUAUUAAGCCAAACAUGGAUUAGGCGAAUUUUCCAUCUAACAUGGAAGGUCAUUUUAGCGUAGGGUUCAGAAUUUUUUAUGAAUUUUCUCAAAUAAUCUUUGAUGGACUGGUAAUCGAUCCCACAUAGUCGCUAUCUGCGCAAACUUUUCGUUUUGGAGAUAUGAUUUUUCAAAGUUUUUAUCCUUAACCAUGUGACGACGUUUGGAAGGAAUCUGGCCGCACCACAAACGACUGCAUAGCAGCUAGGAGCGUAGUGCAGUGGCUAGCGUGUUAGCUUGCGGAGCCCCUGACGAAGGUUCGAAUCCUAUCGCCGCCAACUUCUUUUUGCGAUUGUUUUUUUCAAAGGUUACAAUGGAAUAUCGAAUUUUUAUGAGUAUAACCAUCCCAAAAAAUUUCGAUAAUCAUUUUUUUUCCUAAAAUCGCUUUAUUUUCAUGGAAAAAAAUUUUUGGAAAGUUUCUGAAGUGACAGACUUCACAACAUGCAAGAUUUUUUUUUAAUCAGUAGAAAGUAUUUCAGAAAAACCGGUAAACCUUCAUCAAAGGUCUUGGCAUGUCUUGAUUGCGAUCAAUAACAGAUUGAUGGCUUUUUCAAUAUGUUAAUAGUCAAUUUUAUCUUUAUUUUUUUCCAUAAACAUUUUUUUACAGAACAUGUAAAAACUUACCCGUCAUCCGAGUUUCAUUUCAAAAAAGUUUCCAAAUCGCAUUUCCAUCCUACUCCGGCAAAAUUUCGGAAAUCCAUAAAGUUUUUAUCAAGAAAAUUUUGGGAAAACUUCUCUGAUGAUGUGAAGUCUGCCACAACUUCAGAAAAUUUUCAAAAUUUAGUCCGGGGAAAAACAAAGUUAUUUUGGAUAGAAAAUAGCUAUCGAACUUAUUAGAACGGUUAUGCUUAUAAAUUUCAAUAUUCUCAUCAGAUUUCUUGAAAAAACAAUGGCAAAAAAAGUUGGCGGCAAAAGGAUUCGAACCUUCGCCAUAGGCUCCGCAGGCUGACGCGCUUACCACUGCACCACGCUCCUAGCUGCUAUGCAGUGGUUUGUGGUGCGGCCACAUUCCUUCCAAACGUCGUCACAUGGUUAAGGAUAGAAACUUUGAAAAACCAUAUCUCCAAAACGAAAAGUUUGCGCAGAUAGCGACUAUGAGGGAUAAAUUUCCAGUUCAUCAAAGAUUGUUUGAGCAAAUUUAGAAAAAAUUCUGAACCCUACGCUAAAAUGACCUCCCAUGUAAGUUGUUUCUAGAAUCGCUCAAAAACGUCCGAGCCGCGUCUGGUUUCUGUUACCAAAGUCGGGAAAUUCUCAGAUUAUAAAUUUGUGAAAAUUCCAGAUUUCAAAAAAAAGCUUGGAAAAACGGGAAGCUCUGGUGAUCAUUUUGGCUACGAUGUGACUUUAAAAAACAAACUCUCGCAUUUCCCCGUCGAGCUCAUCGUCUCAUUAUUUCUAGAUGAAGUCAUCAAUCUUGAAGAACAACUUUUCGAGGUUUUUAUCUCGCAGAUAAAAACUACUACUCAAUUGAAUUUCAGAGGGUCAUCGUCACCGUUCCGAUGUCAUUCGAUGCAAAACAGCGACAAGCGCUGAUGACUUCAUUGAAAAUUUCAGGCAUUGAGGUUGCAAGUUUGAAAUUUGUAAAAAUUUCCGGAAGAACAAAGCAUUUUAAGAUUUUCUGUUCAAAAGUUAGCAAAAAUAAUUUCAGGACGCCCAUCUGAUUGAAGAAUCGACGGCAGCGGUCAUCGAGUAUAUCAGAAGCCGCCCGACAAACUGCAGAAGACGUCACGUCGUCGUCGUUUCCUUUGGCGCGGGAUUUUUCGAAGCUGCUCUUAUCCGCGACGUCUCCAACAACUUGACGAUCAUGCAAACUGAUCAUCUGGAGUACGGUGGCGCGGACAUCACCGAAAAGCUUUUCGACAAGGUUCUACCGGAAUUCAAGAGCGGAUUGAAAAAAGAAAACUUGGAAGAGUGGGAGAAUCGCUUUAUUUGGAACCUUUGCGACGAGGGAAAAUCUUUGUUGUCGCUAGAAGAAAGAGCUUUGCUGAGAUAUGAACUGAUCGGAAUGGAGGUCGAACCGGUGGAGGUAAAAGUGAGCAGAGAAGAGCUGAAUAGACUCAUCGAAGAGGACGUCGAAGCACUCAUGAAAAAAAUCAGAGGUCUUCUUAACAAGCCGAUCUCCGACGAUCCUCGAGGCAGAAGACUUCAACCAGAUGACGUCAACGAACUGAUCCUCGUCGGCGGUUCUUCUAAGGUCCACUUGUUCCGAGAACAAGUCAGAGGUUAACACAUUCACUUAAUUAGAAUCUUUUUUCCUUCUCAAGACUUUUUCAAAAUGGCUGAGGUUACUACUAUUGAUGAGGUCGAAGCGGCGGUAUUCGGAGCUGCCGUUUUUUGCAAAAUCGAAGGCAAGACUUUGAAUGAUGGAGGGGUUUUAACAAUUCUGAAUGACACCGGGAAAAUCAAAGAAGAAGACGCACCGAUUUCGAUGACAAAGGUUAGCGAUUUCCGUCGAGGAUUCCAUGUUUUUCCCGAAUUUUUCAGGACUUUGUGGAAGCUGUGGAAUUGAAAGGAAUGUUGAAGUGGGAACAAAAACAAGAAUACCGAAUAUAUCUGAUGAAUGACGAAAAAGAAAGAUCGUACGGUCGUGAAUGGACUUCCAAGCGGGAGCGGCCAGAAAGACAGCAAAAUUUCGAGAAAUUUAUGGCUUCAGAAAAAAUGCAUAAAACAAAAUUUCCGCUUGAGCAGAUUAGAAUAAGCUUAGAAGAGGAGGAAUUUCGUAGGAUGGAGGCACUUUCUUUGAGAGGAAAAAAAUAUUCAGAAGAACUUGAAAAAAGAAAAAUUUUCCUCCAGGAAGAGGAGAGAAAAGAAAAAUUAUUGAAGAAGCUGAAAGAAGAAGAAGAAAAAUCCAAAAAAUGAUUAGAGCGAAUCUACAACGAGUUAAUUUCAAACAAAUUUUAUGGAAAGAUAAUUUUUCAAUUUUUUUUUUGAAAUCUAAAGCAAGGAACGGAUGAAAAUUUUUGAAACAGUUUCACCUAUCUACCUGUAAAAAUAUCAUUAUUCUUUUUGUUGUUGUAAGAUGAUUUUAUAUGGAUGAUUUAUUUUAUACAUGUUUAAAAAUAUUAUUGUGCUCAAAAGAUCAGGAAAUGUAUUUACUUUUUUAAUAAACUUUUUCGAUGAGCCAUGUUUUUUCUUUUCGCUCUGGUUCAGUUUACCAAAAAAAUUCUUUUUUUCUGGUAUUAUUAAUUUUGUAUUUUUUUAUUUACUUUUUUUGAACUUAAUAACUUUGAAUUAAGGCGAUAAGUCUUUCGAGAUAUCCAACAAAAAAAUUGGCAUAAAAAGGUAAUAACAGAGCUUCACGUCCGCCACAACCAUUAUUGACUAGUGAGUUUGAUAUUUGAAGGAAAAGAGCAGGAAAAACCGAUAUUUUCCACAAAAACCGAUAUUCUCUACAAAAAAAUGUCAUCGUGACGAGUACUUCAUUGAUAAUUUUUCAAAUAAUGAACUUUCUCCAAUAUUCCAAUAUUAUGAUUGAACCAAAGAUGAGAAGAUACAAUUUCUUAGUUGUUUCUUCAUAAUUCCUAUUUAAAUGUUUCAGCCCGCAUCUUCACGUUAAUUUUCAGAAGAACCACGAAAAAGACUCAAUUUUCUCGACAAAAAUGUCAACUAACCUAUUCGAAAUGAAUGAGAGCGGAAUUGGAGUCUACAUUGAUGGCGACGGAAAAGUCACAGCGGGAGCGCAAGUUGACGGAGAAUCAGUAAUAGUCAUUUCAGGUUUUCAAUCUCUAAAAUGAUUGAAAAAUGAAGCGAAACCUCUUUUGAAGAUUCAAAGUGGAGCGAAUCAGCAGCCAAAAAGACGGGAAAAGGACUCGAUAUUCUUCAUGACGCUUCAUCGUUUGGUAAUUAAUUAAUUAAUUGAAUAAAAAGUCAAGGCCUUGGCCUUAAGGCGAUUUUUGUGAAAGAGGUAUCGUUUUCUGAAAAAAAAUGAAUGAAACGGUUACUUUGGCGCCCCACUGCAUACGGAGUGUCGUUCAUGGAAGUUUUUUUCCAUAUUAUUUUUUUGUUUUUUUGUUUAUUUUUUUAUCUUUCUCUCAGGAUAAUGAGGACCUUUUUAAAAGCUUCUUAGUCGAAAUCAGAUCAAAAGCUCAUUUUCAGGUUUCUUUGACGCUAUUGAGUCAAAUGAGAAGGUCGAAGUCGAAAUUGCUGGGAUAAAUUACGAGGAACAUCCGAGAAAAAUCGCCUUGGCUCUCGCAUUCAAGCAAAUCGCGUUAAUUGCUCAAAUUUCUACCUUCAAUCUUUACAAGGUCUUUUUUCAAGUUAAUUUUAACAUCAAGAAUUUUUCUUUUAGAAAAUCAGUCUUGCAAUCGAUAAGCAGUCUAAUAUCGCCAAUCAUUCUCUGGCAGAUGUUCUUUACAUUUCAGGCUUUGAAUCGGUUAGGGAGGUUUUUUUCCAAUUCAAAAUAUUUUUCCAGAAGCUCAUCUCCAAAAUCAACGCUCUCGGUCUUCUGUUUUUGAACGAGAAUCGUGACAUUCUUACUCGCAGAACUGUGGCCAUAUUCGACAAAACUGAUGCGAUUUUACUCCGUGAACAUCUUCAAAAAGUCCAAGUUCUCAAGGAAAUCUGUCACGUCGAUGCUCCAACAGCUGUCAAAAGUUGGAUUGGAAUAGAUCUCAAAUAAAAAGGACUUUUCUAGGUACUUCCCCAGAAGCUUUCUUCGAAGAGUUGAUGGGGGAGAAGUCGCCGACGAUUGUGAACCAAGUCGUCGUUCUGGACACGGCCAGGGCUCCAGAAUACUCGAAGGACGUCGAAAACUACUUCGGGAUCGACUCUGAAGUAGUCGCGUCGGAUUCUGCCUCAGUGGCCAAAGGCGCUUCUCAUUUUUCUGAGACGUCUUCUGGUGAACCUUUGGAGAGAAAAGAAUUGGAUGAAAUGAAGAAUGAGGUGAGAAAAGCGAAUUCCUCCUGCUCUGCGUCAAAAAAAAAAAAAACACGGCGUUUUUUCGUAGACGCUCCGCCCACUUUUUCUCCGUAAAAUGUCGUGUUUCGUGUGCAUGCACUGCGCCGCUUUGGCGCAGAAAAUUGCGUUUAUGUAUUGGAUUGUAUUGAAUUGUAUUGAAUUGUAUUGAAUUGUAUUGAAUUGUAUUGAAUUGUAUUGAAUUGAAUUGAUAUGUUAUGAAUUGAAUUGAAAAAAAUCUAGAGAAAUUUCGAUUCGUCUUAUAGACCGUGGCAAUCAUUGUGCGUUGAAAUAUAUUCAAUAUAUUCUAAAAGUUCAAGGAGGCCUGAAAACACUAUUUAACGCUUAGUUUUCAUCCAGUAAAUGCACAAAAAAAUCGGCUCUCACUGUUGCGCCACUAUUGCAAUGAGCCGCCCCCAUUGCAUGCAGCCACGCCCAAUGACCACAUCUGCCGCCUGUUUGGGAACACUGUGCCACUAACAAAAAAACGCCGUGAAAAGUUAUUUCUUAAUAAUUAGAAAACUACAUCUUUCAAAUAUGCUGUGUUUAUAGAUGUGAUUAUUUGGAAAAAAAGAAGGGUCCAGAAAGCCUUUACGAUUUUUUUGAAGUGCACAAUACGAACCACUAGAAUCGCGUUCAAAUUUUUUUUUUUGGAAGAUGAGGCUGUUGUUUUUUAUCUUUUUUUUUAAUCGCUUUUUUUAAGUCCAUUCAUUUUUCAGGCCUCCCAAAUCUUCAUUAAAAUUCUCUGUGCUGCUUUGGAAAAAGCUGAAAUAAAAUUCGUAAGUUUAUUAUCAUUCAUUUUUCCAUUGAGAAUAAUUAUUGCACUUUAUAGGGAUACAAGGAAACAGAAGAGCAACUUGUGGCCAAAUUUGUCAAGUAUUACAUGUCGCUGUGA